AUGUAUCUUAACUUGCCCAAGCUAUUGAAUAAUCAACCGAAGUUGAAUUAAAUUAAAACAAAAGCUCUAUAAGAAGAAAAGGAAACUUAAAAUUACCCGAAUUUUCUUAAGAAGAGCAAAACAAUACAAACGGAAAUCAAAAACCAAAAAGCGAUUUUGAAGAAAAAUUUGAACCGUAAAAAAAAUAGAAAAUAAAAUAAAAAUAUUUUUAUAUAAAAAUAAAAGAAUAAUUUUUACCAUAACAAUCAAUAAAGAACACGAAGGAGUCCCAAAUUGGAAAUUAAUUUAGGAAUAAUUAGAAAAUCAACAUUAAGUAGUUGCUCCUUAUUGCAGAUUUGCAAAAAUAGAAGGAAACUUUGCAUUGAAUAAAGCCACUACUAAAUAAGAAUUAAUAGACAGACUUACUAGUGA